GGAUCCGAAUAUAACAAAUUUGCUUGAGAUUUGACGAGAAAAAAAAAUACAAAAAAUGCGCGGGAUACUAAUUCUUCUUUUGUGCCUUACCGUGGCCACUUUGGUUAUGGGCAAUGAGUAUGUCUUAGGAAAACGCGAAGAAGGUGAUAAACUCGUUGUGGACAAAAUUAUUAGGAAACCAAAAAUAUUGGGUAAACAUAUAACAAUCAAAGUUGGAGCUCAUGCAAAUGAAGACAUAAGUUUCGUUCGAGUAAAAGAUCUGGGCAGAUCCCAAUCAACAGUUCGUCCUUUAGUUGGUGGAUUAGGCUCACGAAAGAUCGUUUUGUUAAUCACUGGAAGUUUGGGUGAUGGAUUAUUUGUACGAUUCCAAGUUCAUGCAUUGAACAAAAAUUCGACAGAACCUGUUACCACUGAGCCACCUACUGAAAAACCAAGUAGCAGUCCAUCUACCGAAGUACCAAGCAAUAGUCCACCUACUGUAAGACCAAGUAGCAGUGUACCUACCAAAGAACCGAGCAACAGUCCACCUACCGAAGGACCAAGUAGCAGUCCAUCUACCGAAGUACCAAGCAAUAGUCCACCUACUGUAAGACCAAGUAGCAGUGUACCUACCAAAGAACCGAGCAACAGUCCACCUACUGAAGGACCAAGUAGCAGUGUACCUACCGAAGAACCGACUAGCAGUCCACCUACCAAAGGACCAAGCAGCAGUCCAUCUACCGAAGGAUCAAGCAGCAGUCCAUCUACCGAAAAACCGAGUAGCAGUCCACCUACCGAACGAUCAAGCAGCAGUCCAUCUACCGAAAAACCGAGUAGCAGUCCAUCUACCGAAGGACCAAGCAGCAGUCCAUCUACCGAAGGAUCAAGCAGCAGUCCAUCUACCAAUGGACCAAGCAGCAGUCCAUCUACCGAAGGACCAAGCAGCAGUGCGUCAAGUAAAGCAACAGGCACAACCCAGAAAUAUAUCGAAUAAGACGGCAGUGGAGAAUUUACUAACUAAUCCAAACAGUAAUGCUCUCAAUAUUUUAAGUAAUCGUAUUAAACCAAAUAAAAGAGAAAGAGAGAGAAAACAAAAAGUAUAACAAGAAGAAUAAAGACGAAGAAGAUAUGAAUCCUGUGUUGUGCAUUCGUAGAUUAACUGUCGUGUAACUAUGGACAUAUGUAUUAAUAUAUAUCCAAUAAUAUGGAUUCGUUGUCACAUGAGAAAAUGAAGUAUAAGAUGAAAAAUAUAGUCUAUUUCGUUUA